UCUCUUCACCUCCCUUUCCCGUGGUCCCUCCCCAUCCCCGCGCUUUGCUGGGUUCUCUCUCCUCCCCUGGCUCCCUCUCCCUCCAGCCUCUUUUCCUCUCAGCCCCUUCCCUCCUCCAUCCCUCCGCGGCGUCUGCGUCAGGCCCCCACUGGCGUGACGCGCGGGGUCUGGAUGGGAGCUGUCCACUCGCCCGGGGUGCUGAAUGCAGCAGCGGCGGCGGCGGCGAUCGCUGAGAGCCUCCUGCGUUCCCAGAACCUCAUUUCCAGUCCUGGACGGUCAGCUCACCGCCCCGCCACCUCCCUCCCAGCACCACCCCUUUGGGAACCGAUCCAGGGGGCAGCAGUCGCCGCGGCGGGUGCUGAGCAACGGUGGAAGACGAGACAACACCUGGCAGCAGCCUGGAAUCGGAUUUGCUUUUAAGAAAUACAUUUAUAUACGGUUUUGAGGAGUCGCAAGAACCAAGCUGGAGCCAAGUGCCGCCCGCCUCCCACUUGGGCCACGCCGCUUCGCUCCCUACUCCCCACCUUCAGCUGGCACAGCAAACUAGCCUUCCCUCGCUGCGUCUGCGAGGAAAGGUGGCCAGGACGAGCCCAGCCGGCCGGAGGCGGCGGCCGAGGGAGGGGCGGGCUGGGGGUGCAGAGAGUGGGGCCGAGCCGUCCUUGGCGUGGGUAGCGGGGGCAGAGCUGCGGAAGACCCGGCAGCCGCCCUCUUCCGCCCGCACCCACCAGAAGCACUCUUCCCUGAUUAUCUGAGAACCGAAUUAUUCCACUAGUAUUACUGCAUUUUUUAUUACCCCCUCCUCACUCCCCAGCCGCCCCCACCCCCACGCCUGCCUCGCCUCUGGUUGCAUGGCAGCGCUGCCCCGGCGCGGGGGCUCAGGGCUGGCCCCCCGGGAGAGAGGAGGAGGAGGAGGAUCAUGAAGCCGGGAGUCGCCACCCCGCCGGACGGCGGGCAGCAGCCAGGGGACGAGCCAGAGCAGCCCCCGCCCCGGAGACACCCGGACGCCGACCAGCAGUCGCCUCCGCCGCCACAGCAGCAGCGGCGGGCGCGGGCAGACCCCGAGCCGGAGCAGGAAGGCGACAACCAUCCAGAGGAGGAGGAGGAGAAGGCGAGGGCACCCGCCCGCCCGGACCUGCCCUUCUCUUGGCUCCUGCCCCUCGCCCCAAGGGACCUUUGAUGGAACCAAGGGGAGGGGGCGCCGGAUUUACAGACCGCAGCAGGGCUGGGCUGGGGGCUGAGAUAAUGUAACUACUCCUUUCUCCCGUUCUCUCCCACACGCCCCUCCUCUCUACUGUUCUCCGUUCCACCGCCCUCUCACCCCCAUACACAUCCUUCCUCUAGCCAGGAUCUUAAUGCUCAGGAAGAAGGCGGCUCUGCAAGGGUUAAAAAAGAUCUUUUCUUUUUCUUCUUUCUUUCCCCCUCUCUAACCCUUCUUUUCCCCACCUCUGUCCUAAUCGGCUUUCCCCUCUUGGGUGUAGCCCUUCGGCUGCAGAAGCAAAGCACAAGCCCCUCGCCCAACCGCACCUGCGACCCCUCCCCCUCCUCCUCCCUAAGCUCUUUUAAAGGCAACUCUGGUGCUUCUGGGGGUUCAUUGCCCCAGUUUUCUGCCCAGGAGAAUUAAAACUUCUCCCAACCUCCUUUCCUCCUUCACCUUGACAACCCCCCUCCCCGAGAAUUCCCUACUAGUUGAGAAAAACUAUAUUUUUUCUCUCACAUAUGCAGUCCUCAAUUCUUCAUUGAAGUUUUCUCUGGGCCCAGGUCAAUACACUCCAAAUUUGACUUAUUGUCAUCCCCACCCUUUUAUAUAAAAGAAAGAGAUUUCCUACUGCCUAGGAAUUUGAGGAGAAUCCAAUAGUUUUUCCCCCUGGGGAACUUUUUAACAAUCAGGCAUUGGUCUUAAGGCUCCAGCAACCAUUCACAGCACUUCUGCCCCACUGUUCCUACCAGUGUCCUCAGGUCAAAGGCAGAAAGGGGAAUCCCUGGGCAAAGUCUGAGGUUGGGGUGGGGCAAAAGCUCAAGAAAAACUUUUCUGUUGUUGAGCUUUCCAAACAGAGUUUAGAAUCAGUGACUUACAGUUCUCAGCCCUGGGAGCCAUUUAUUUGCUAUUUGGAGGGGUUGUAAGAACAGCCUUUGAGAAGGCUUUGAGCCUUUGAGCCCCCUCCAUAACACAGAUACACUGUGGACCCCCCAAACCUAUCCUGCCCCCUCCCCCCCACUUCAAAGACUCAGCUGCCCCUCUCGGGCUCUUUGCUCCCCCUGGGCACAUGCUGAUGCCCCUGUGUGGGCUGCUCUGGUGGUGGUGCUGCCCUGGCUGGUGCUGCUGUGGACUGUGCGCCCCAGCUCCCCAGAUGUUGCGCCACCAGGGUCUCCUCAAGUGCCGCUGCCGCAUGCUCUUCAAUGACCUGAAGGUUUUCUUACUGCGGCGCCCUCCUCCAGCGCCCCUGCCCAUGCACGGCGACCCCCAGCCCCCCGGUUUGGCGGCCAACAACAACACCCUUCCGGCUCUGGGUGCCGGGGGGUGGGCAGGCUGGAGAGGCCCUCGAGAGGUGGUGGGCAGGGAGACCCCUCCUGUGCCACCUCCACUACCUUUGCCACCCUCCUCUGUGGAGGAUGACUGGGGUGGCCCAGCCAUAGAGCCACCUGCCUUGCUGCUUAGCAGUGCCUCCUCAGAUGACUUCUGUAAGGAGAAGGCCGAGGACUGCUACUCACUGGGCAGCAGCCUGGACAGUGGUAUGAGGACCCCACUCUGCCGCAUCUGCUUCCAGGGGCCAGAACAGGGGGAGCUACUGAGUCCUUGCCGCUGCGACGGCUCGGUCAAGUGCACGCACCAACCCUGCCUCAUCAAGUGGAUCAGCGAGCGGGGCUGCUGGAGCUGCGAGCUGUGCUACUACAAGUACCACGUGGUCGCCAUGAGCACAAAGAAUCCCCUGCAGUGGCAGGCCAUCUCUCUGACGGUCAUCGAGAAGGUGCAGAUUGCCGCCGCCAUCUUGGGUUCCCUCUUCCUCAUCGCUAGUAUCUCUUGGCUCAUCUGGUCGACCUUCAGCCCGUCAGCAAAAUGGCAGCGCCAAGAUCUUCUCUUCCAGAUCUGCUAUGGGAUGUAUGGCUUCAUGGAUGUGGUAUGCAUAGGUCUCAUUAUCCACGAGGGACCCUCCGUGUAUCGCAUCUUCAAACGGUGGCAGGCCGUCAAUCAGCAGUGGAAAGUUCUGAACUAUGACAAGACGAAAGACCUGGAGGACCAGAAGUCAGGGGGCAGGACCAACCCCCGGACCUCCUCAUCCACGCAGGCCAAUAUCCCCCCCUCGGAGGAGGAGGCAACGGUGGGCAGCCCUGCCCCUGAGCAGGGCCCCACCCGGGAACCCAGCCACCCCUCAGACCCUCCGUCCCAUCACCACUGUGCUUACACCAUCCUGCACAUCCUGAGUCACUUGAGACCUCAUGAACAGCGGAGCCCCCCGGGCGGCAGCCGAGAACUUGUCAUGAGAGUCACCACUGUGUGAAAAGACAGACCUGGGAGGAAGGCUAUGUCCAUGCCCCCAAAGGCCUGGGACAGGUGGGGGGGGGCAAUGGUGCUGAGGGGCCAAUGCUGGGAGCAGGCAGAGGGUGGAGGGUCUGGAGGGAGCUCUGGGGAGCCAGAAUGAGGCUGGCACUGGAGUGGUUUUGUGAUUUCCUAUCAGUCAAUGCCAUUCUCCAGAGAACAGCGAUGAAAACCAACAUAAACUCGAUGAGGAAGUGCAAUGCGGGCUGACCCUGGCCGUGUGCCCACAGGCAAGGGAGAGAAGCAGAGGCUGCAGGAGGCCAAACUGACCUGGGGGUGUCAGAGGCAAAGGUUGGAGGCAGUGGGGGCACACAGGAACAGUGUUUGUGGCCUGUUCUGACCUUGAGUUGGUUUCUGUUUCUUCCUGGGUCUUGUUAGCAGGCAUUUGGGUAGGGGAGGGAUGGGUGAGGGCAGGCAGGGACAUGUAGACUUUGGGGCCUCUGGGCUCACCUGGGCUGGCGGGAUUGCUGACUCUCAUGGCUGGCAGCUACAGGGGCCUGGGGGGAUGGUGCCGGGAGGGAUGGUGCAGGGGGGAGGUGUUAGAUGGAGCUGCCAGAGGGACAAGUAUGUCUCCUCUUUGAGAGCCUUCCAAUUUCCGGUGGGCUUGAAGAGGGCUUAAGCUUGGAGGUAGGUGUUGUUCUGUGCCCUUGUUACUUUAUGUUAUGGUGAUUUGGCUCAAAGAUGUUUACAGGACACACAUGCACACACACACACACACACAUACACACAUACACACAUGCACACUUGCCUAGAGAAAAGUACAGAUUUCCAGUGGGAUCUCAAGCACAGUUUUGCCGCUGUGGCUUCAGCCUUGGAAGCUGUCGAUCUAGGAGCGAGAUUCUCAACCCAACUCCACUCAUGGCCAGGACAUGCUCAGUGCCAUGUCCCCUCCUCCUGCCUUGGCACAUGCACAGACUCAGGCCCCCCACGGCAGGGCACUCCCCACCCAGGGUCUCCCAGGGGAGCAGAUGCAGUGGUUGGGAGGAAGUUGGCCAGUGUGCCCCAAGGCGCGGAGCGGAGACCACUUUAAGUAUUCCUUGAUGUUGGGGCCCUCCCCAAAGAGGCAAUUUGGCAAAUGUUCUGCACUUUGUGUGCCCUGGUCCUUCCCAGGCAGCAGAGCGGGUCCAGGGGCUUGGCAGGGAGCACCUUCCUGGGACCCUGCCAGGGAGGACCCAGGGUCACCUGCAGAGCCUCUCCUUGUCACUGCACAAUGGCCGCAUCAUCCGUGGGUAUUGAAAGGACACUGUCAAGUACUUUUUUAAACUAGUUUUUAGGGUUUUUUUAAACUCUCUGUUGUUUGUAAUAUUCUCUUAAAAGCUUGAAAAUAAAAUU